AUGAUCUGGAAGUCUUUCCUCGCCCUUGUGGCAGCUGCCAGUGCCGCCCCUCAGGUUACCGAACUUGCAGCCAGACAAGGAGGCACAACCAUGCUGCGAUUUGGAUGUGCUCAGGUUGUGAUUGAUCGUCUUGAUCCGCUCGUCAAUCCCGGUCAAAUUCCAUCUGGACAUGUUCAUCAGAUUGUUGGUGGUAAUGGUUUUAAUGCGUCCAUGACAAAGGGUGAUGUAUCUGGGACAGCAUCGUGUACAACUUGUGCAUUUUCGGAAGACUUUUCCAAUUACUGGACCGCGAACGUGUACUUCAAAGCGAAGAACGGCACAUAUAAGCGUGUACCCCAACUUGGUGCUGCGCGUCAAUUCAACGAUGACUUCAGCACCAAGAUCGAUGGUGGCAUUUUGGUCUACUACGUGUCAGCUCAGCCAGGAAAAAUCACAGCUUUCAAGCCAGGUUUCCGCAUGCUGGUCGGCGACCCCAUGAGACGUGCGAGCCCUGGAUCGAAGUUCAAGAGACAGAAUUGUUUCCGCUGCUACACCGGCCCUAACUUCGGGGGUGACACUGGAGCUCCAUGCUCUGAUUCCAACGUGGAUACCGAAGCGUUCCCAACCAAACCAUGCCCAGGUGGCAUUCGUUCAAACUUACUCUUCCCAACAUGUUGGGAUGGUGUAAAUCUUGACUCGCCUAACCAUCAAGAUCAUGUCGCCUAUCCAACCGGAAAUCCACCCGACUUCCUUCAACUCGGUGGAGCUUGUCCAUCGACCCAUCCCGUUCGCAUCCCUCAGCUCAUGUACGAAGUCGUCUGGGAUACUACAAAGUUCAACAACAAAGCAGACUGGCCUGCGACUGGGCAACCUUUCGUCUUGAGCACAGGCGACAAUACUGGGUAUGGCCAGCACGGAGAUUAUGUCUUUGGCUGGAAAGACGACAGCCUCCAAAGCGCAAUGGAUACAUCCGGCUGCUUUGGUGCUGGAAAGUGUGGUAAAGCGAACGUCCAGAAGAUUGAAAAGGCCAAGUCUUGUUCAGUAAAGAAGGUCGUCAGUGAGGAUCAGGACGGAUGGCUCAAGGAGCUUCCAGGACUCAUGCCAAUGUGAUGUAGUGAGGUGCAAUAGGCUGCUGGGCUUGUGUAGCUCUAAUGGAGGUCAUAACUCUGCUGGAUGUGAUGAGAUUUUAGCUAUUAGACGUUCGUGAUCCAUUCGUGUGUGGGUGCGUGUUUACAAAGGAGGAACUUCCAUCAGAUUGAUGUAUUUUGAAC